CGGCGGUGGCGCCGACGACGACGGAGGCGCCGACGACGACGGAGGCUGCUGCAGAGGCCACUGAGGCACUGACUGGGUGGCCGGCGGGUCGUUGUGGCCUCCAGCAGCCUCUUCGCGCUGUCCCUCACUCCCUGGGCAGCGGCGGGCAGCAACGCUCAGCCUGCCAGUGAGCUGCGGCGGGCACACCCUGGAGCGGCGGCGACUGCGGACAGGUUAGAGUGGGGGCAGGGGCGGGCGCGGGAGCAGCCCGGGGCCAGAGAGGGAGCUCGAGCCAGGCCGUCUCCAACCAUGUCCGACGAGACGUCGGCCACCACUUCGUACGAGAAGUUUCUAACCCCGGAGGAACCCUUCCCGCUCCUGGGACCCCCUCGCGGAGUGGGCACCUGCCCAAGCGAGGAGCCGGGCUGCCUGGACAUCAGCGACUUCGGCUGCCAGCUGUCCUCCUGCCAUCGCACCGACCCACUCCACCGCUUCCACACCAACAGGUGGAACCUAACUUCUUGUGGAACAAGUGUUGCCAGCUCAGAAUGCAGUGAGGAGCUGUUUUCAUCCGUUUCAGUUGGAGAUCAAGACGAUUGCUAUUCUCUGUUAGAUGAUCAAGACUUCACUUCUUUUGAUUUAUUCCCUGAGGGAAGUGUCUGCAGUGAUGUCUCUUCUUCUAUUAGCACUUACUGGGAUUGGUCAGAUAGUGAGUUUGAAUGGCAGUUACCAGGCAGUGACAUUGCCAGUGGGAGUGAUGUUCUUUCUGAUGUCAUACCCAGUAUUCCAAGUUCACCUUGCCUGCUUCCUAAAAAGAAAAACAAGCACCGGAAUUUAGAUGAGCUUCCUUGGAGUGCAAUGACCAAUGAUGAGCAGGUGGAAUACAUUGAGUAUCUGAGUCGGAAAGUCAGUACUGAGAUGGGUCUUCGGGAGCAACUUGAUAUUAUUAAGAUCAUUGAUCCUUCUGCUCAAAUCUCCCCUACAGACAGUGAGUUUAUUAUUGAACUUAACUGUCUCACAGAUGAAAAACUGAAGCAGGUCAGAAACUAUAUCAAGGAGCAUAGCCCUCGCCAAAGGCCUGCAAGAGAGGCCUGGAAGAGGAGCAACUUUAGUUGUGCAAGCACCAGUGGAGUGAGCGGUGCCAGUGCCAGCAGCAGUAGUGCCAGCAUGGUCAGUUCUGCAAGCAGCAGUGGGUCCAGUGUUGGAAACUCUGCUUCAAACUCCAGUGCCAACAUGAGUCGAGCACACAGUGACAGCAACCUGUCUGCAAGUGCAGCAGAGCGGAUUCGGGAUUCAAAAAAGCGAUCCAAGCAGCGGAAGUUACAGCAGAAGGCCUUCCGCAAGAGGCAGCUGAAAGAGCAGAGGCAGGCUCGGAAGGAGAGACUCAGCGGGCUCUUCCUUAAUGAAGAGGUGCUGUCCUUGAAAGUCACUGAGGAAGACCAUGAAGCAGAUGUUGAUGUUUUGAUGUAAUAAGGGUGAAUUUAUCAGCAUUCUUUCUAAGCAUUAUUCUAUCCUUAUUGGUUUACAUGCAUCUUGACCAAAAUUUUGGUUAGGGCUGUGCUGAUGUAUCAUUAAUAAUUUAGGCUAGUGGUUCUCAGCAGGUGGUCCAGGGACCUGCAGCUUCAUCAUUACCUGAGUUGUCCGGAAUGCAUACUAUUGGGCCCCACCCCCUAGUGAAACAGAAGCCAGAGGGGAGGGGCCCAGCAUUGUGUUUUAACUAGUGCCAGGUUAUUCUGAUGCACAUUCUGGUUUAAGAACCACUGACUUUGGUAAAUGUUUUGACUAUUUAAACAUGGUGGUUAAGUGAGCUUUUUCAAAGACUAGUACUUUUACAGUUUUGAAGAUUUCAAGGUACUGCUGACAAGUAGUUUAUUAUGUCAGUAUACAUACAUGUGUGAAGAUCAUAAUUCAGUUCCCUUCUUAAUGUUACAAUUUCUUAGUUUACUUUUUCUAAAGGGCCAGAGCAUAAUUCUUGAUUCCUGGUGGAAAUCUUUUUUGAGGUGUAGGUGUGGGCAAGGUGUGGAUUGCUGUUUACAAUAGUGCCUUCAUUAGGUUUAGUUCUAUUUUCAUUCAUUAUUAACUCAAAGGUAUAAGAACAGGCCCUAAUUUUUUUCCUGUUAGAUUUCUUUUUUGUUUUUCACUUCAUGUAAAUUCAUUGUCCCCUCUGUACUUGAUGACUACUGAGGAAGUAAUGUUACUAGUAGCUGAAUUUUAGACUUGAUGCUAUGUUGAUUAAUAUUCAAAUUGAGAAAGCAAUUAGGCAAAAGAACCAGUUCUACUUUUCCAUUGCUUUCUGAAAUUUUAGGCUGUAGAAUUGUCUCAGAGGUGGAAAAUAAGUCUCUCUAUAGCUUUCUCAAGUCCUUUUUGUAGGUCUUUUUUUUUUUCAGCACAGCUCUAAUUUUUAAAUAUUUGGUAUAACAGCUUCUGGCAUGUGACCUGGUUAAUGUUCAAAAUUACCUGAUGAAAACCCUUACAGUUCUGCUAAACUUCUCUAUAAAUUACUAGACAUACACAGAGCAGUAAAGAUAUAGAAACCUUAGCUUGUUGGUUAUUAAUAGAACCCUAAUUUUAAAUGUGAAAUCAUGGAGUUUCUUUAAAUGUUUUCAUGGAGAGUUUGUUAUCAUGAACAUUGGGAAUAGCGUGAUUCCUUUUCUUCUACCACAUGUCUUGAACAUUCACAUGGGUUAAAGAAGAUGGAAACUGAUACUACUGACAAUCAAGCUGCUUUCUGACUUUCAUAAUUUUCUUUUUAUUGUGGAUGACAUUUGGGAGGUAAUCAUGAUUCUGUAGGAAGAGUUUUAAAUCAAUAUUUUUUAAACUCUAGAGUCCAUAGGUUAAUGGGAUUUCUACUUUUUAUUUUUUGUUAUAUCUAGUAGCUUGUUAAGAAAAUGAUUAAUGACUUAAAUUCUUAAUUCUCAGUUGAUAUGAAGGCUUAAACUUUGCUUACAAUCAUGUGUUUUAAAUUUUUUAUUUCAUUUCGGUUCCUUGAACAUUAAAGAAUGAAAACUGAGGAUAAAAAUUAAUGCAUUGCAGCUUUGCCAAGGUCCGUGGUAUGGUUGUAAUCUUUUGAAGACUACUAAGUCAUAAUUUAAAAUUUUACUAAAAUAAAAGUAUGUCUAUUGUUUUCAA